AUGUUGGCGCCAGCUGCUCUCGGCCUAAGCUUCACGGUGGCCGGCGCACUGGCCGGUCAUCCUCUAUUCGAAUCCAAGAUUGGCUUCAUGAGCUCGUCCGUCGGUCCUGCGUCCGCUCUCCAUGCUUCUUCUACAGAGAACACGACUGACUGGGACCCCUUUGCACGCCCCCAUGGUGACCAGGACAAGCGAUGGGUGACGGUUGAUGCAAGCAGCGGGCUUGGGGUUCACGGCAUCGCUCUUUGGCCGGACAAAACGAUCAAGUAUUGUUACAAAGAUGUCACGUCCAAGGGAAAGCUCUAUGACCUCGUCAUUGAGGGCAUGAAGCUGUGGUACACGGCCGGGCUGGACGAGUCCUUCAAGAUGGUCGAAGUCAGCGACAGCGAAUGCCAUAACAACCGAUACAAUGUCCUCCUUAUCGACUAUGACCCGCCCCGGUCCGCCGGUGGCAAGUCAACUCUCAGCACGACUACUGCAAAGCCUAACAUUGCACCAUCCAGCAUGACUCUCUCGGACGAUGCAACUGUCGGCAUGCUAGACGUGACAGCGAACGUCGCGCACGAGAUCGGCCAUGCCUGGGGGCUUUAUCACGAGCACCAAAACCCCUACUUCUGGGCCUCGAACUACGGCGGCAAGCCUGGUACCACCUUCAGCUCCAUCAACUGGGUGUGCAAUAACCUUGCCGACUAUGAAGAGGCGCUGACCAAGAUCGACAAGAAGAUCGCCGAGGAUCCGAGUGGUCUGGGCGAGAUCACUUACGGGCCACAGAAGGAGAGCAUGUGUACCAGUCGCAAUAUCGCUCGCACAUGGGGCUUUAGCGCCGCAGAGUAUCUCCCACUAGGUGACCAAGACAGCUACAAGCCCGGCACCGAGGACACAGAGGAUGUGGACUGGGAGAGUAUCAUGCUGUACCCUACUGGCGCCGGCGGCAAGACCGACAGCAGUGGCAAUCGUGCGCGAGUGCUUUUCAAGACCAACGGCGACCCUAUCCUGCCCAACUUGCGACCGAGCGUGCGAGAUGUCGCGGGACUGACCACUCUGUACGGGACGAGCGACUAUACCGAGACCUUACUUCAGGACCCUAGAGAACCCCGACAAGGCCGUUUCGCAAGUGUGCGCAACGAUGACACCGGUGUCUCUUGCAAUCGAUAG